ACGCGUGUGCGUCGAGAACAGAAGCAGCGCGGGAAAUACGGAGAAAACAAGAGCUUGCUGUUACUACUACGUGUAAACCAAAUGCAGGGAGAUAUACCAGCAUAUGAGCAACAACUCGCCCCUGUCCAUCGGCCUGGGUAUCCUACAUUAGGCCGCUGUAAGGCUAGAGUUGAUUCUGCGAAAUAGCACCUUGAUAAAAAAUAAUCAUGGAUCCUGCUCUUGAAGCAGAAUCCCAGGAUGACUUUGAAGAUCUUUUUGCCGAUGAACUAGAUGCAAUGCGAGACAUCGAAGAAGACUUCAAUCCAGAGGAGCAAUGGUCUUCUCGUCCCAAACCAGUUUCCCAGAAGCCGAGCCAGCUCCAGAAGAAAGAUGUCACGCUUUCACAGCCUAAGUCUAAGAGUCUCAAUGAUGCAUCCAGCAGACUUAAGCCGGUCAAAGCUACAGGACGGACGACACAGCAAGGCAGAGGAGACAAGGGCCAGACUGAUCGAGCAGCCAGGAAGCGGGACAUGGAUGAAAUGUUUGGUGUCAUGUCCGACGAUGAAAGCGAUAAUGAACUGGUGAUUGAUGCACCAUCCCCUGCCAAAAAAGAUCCCAAUCCUAAGAGAACAAGAAGAACUCUCCUGGAUCGUUUCCUUGACAACGUCUCGGAGAGACUUGGCGAGACGAAGCCUCGCGAGGAUGAGAUCACCCCACCCCCUACACCAAACAAGGAUGAACUGGGUCAGUUUGGUGGUCCCAAUCACCCCCUUACCCCAUCCUCCAUUGGGUCAUUGGGAGAUAAUGGAAGAGCAGGUCAAAGGUCAAAUGUCAAGAGGUCGCUGAGAGUCUUUACUCGCCAGCCGGAAGGGGAAUCAAUGAAAGUGACAGGAUCUGACGGGAGCAGGGUGUUCCUGAAGAUGAAGGAGGAGUACGAUCCCACUCAAGUCACAAAGAAAUUUGCUUCCAAAUUUGGGUCAAGAAACACCAAAGGUCUCUUGACGAUGUCCUACGACAACCUUGUCAGGCAGAUUGAAGAUGAGGAUAGAAGAAAGGUGAUUGAAGAGUCAUCUCGAGUGUCUGAAAAAUUAAGAAGAGAGCUUGCCAAAGAGUAUGAAGACGAGGAUCUCGACGGUGACCUCAUUGAAGGAAAACCAGAAGAGGAUGAUGGGAAGGGGAACAGAGGAUUGUGGGUAGACAAAUACGCACCAAAGGACUACGUAGACCUACUGAGCGAUGAUGGUGUGAAUCGCAACCUGCUGUUCUGGUUAAAGCUAUGGGACCAUGUGGUGUUCGGAAAGGAGGUGAAACAGAACAAGACGAAGAACAAGCAAGAAAAGUGGAAAGGAGGAGGAGGAGGAGCUGGAGCAGGAGGGGGAGCAGGACAACAACCAAAUAAUAAUUUCAAGUUCAAGUCCAAAUUUGAGCGUGAGCUAGAGGACUUAGAACUGGAUGAUCAGAACCGGCCCAAGAUGAAGGUUGCCCUGCUCUGCGGGCCACCGGGACUGGGCAAGACAACACUAGCCCAUAUCAUUGCGAGGCACGCUGGCUACAAUGUCAUUGAAAUGAAUGCCAGUGAUGACCGUAGCCUAGAAGUCUUCAAGAAUCGUCUACAGUCGUCCAUCCAGAUGACCUCUGUCUUGACCCCUGACCAGCGGCCAAACUGUUUGGUCAUUGACGAGAUCGACGGUUCACCUCAGGCUGCCAUCAAUUGUCUCCUGACUGUCAUCAAAGGAGGGGGUGAUUCUAACCAAGCCGGUGGGGGAGGAGGGGGCAAGAAACGCAAGAAGGAUCAGGGGCCACUCAAGCGCCCCAUCAUCUGUAUCUGUAAUGAUGUGUAUGUUCCGGCCUUGAAGCAGCUGAGACAGCUAGCCUACGUCACACACUUCCCUCCCACUGCUGCAGCAAGAUUAGCCCAGAGGAUGUAUGCGAUAUCAAAACGCAACCAACUCCAGACGGACCUUACCUCUCUAAUGGCUCUAUGUGUGAAAGCUGAUAAUGAUAUUAGAUCAUGUCUCAAUACCUUACAGUUUCUGCAGCAGCAGGGCAAGCCAGUGACGCUGGGGCUAGUCCAUUCCCUGAACAUCGGUCAGAAGGACCAGCACAAGAGUCUCUACACAGUCUGGCAACAACUCUUCCAGUUACCAAAGGCAAAGAAGAAAACGUACACCAACCCCCAUGACCUCAAGCAGGGUCAGAGGUUAGGGGUCGUCUCUGAAUCGAUGCAGGGACUGGACAGUGACAUGACGUCUCUGACGGCUCGCUUCCAUCACAUGCUGCAUGUCAUACAGUCCUGCGGGGAGCAUGAGAAACUCAUGAAUGGUGUGUUUGAGAACUACCUGGAAGUCAAAUUCAAGGAUCCUCACAUGGAUGCAAUCAACAUGGCCUCAGACUGGUUGGUAUUCUCCGAUAUAGUCCAGUCUAAGAUAGCCCGGACCCAGAACUAUAUCUUUGGUCGGUUCCUGCCCUUCGUGCCGCUCACCUUCCACAUGUUGUUUGCGUGCGUUGCGUACACCAAGAUUCGCUACCCGAAUACAGGCUUUGAGAUCAAGACGAAGACGGAGCUGAUUAAGAAUCUUGUGGAGACGAUGCGAUCAGAGAUUGAUCCUAGCAUCAGGCAAGGUAUCAACCUGAAGCUCGCUGUCACAGAGCUACUGCCCCCUCUCCUCAUCAUCACUCAACCUGCCUUUAGACCGAUCAACACUCAGUUGUUCAGUGCAGCCGAGAAGAAGCAGCUGAGAGAGUUAGUGGACACCAUGAUAGCCUACAACCUGACCUACAGACAGGAGAGAAGUAUGGAAGGCACCUAUAACUAUAACCUAGACCCGAAUCUUGACAUAGUGGUGAGGUUUUCUGACUCUCCUCCUGUUCGUCAGAUCACAUACGCAGCCAAGCAGCUCAUAGCCAGAGAGAUUGCCUUAGAGAAGAUGAGACGGAGCGAAGCGGUCUUAGCAAAACGAUCAGCUAAGGCUUCUGCCUCUAAACCAGUUCCUACAUCACAAUCUAAGAAGACAACCGAUGACUCGUCCCUCCCUCGUCACAAACAGAAACUCAAACCUAAAAUUAUUGCUGUUGAGGAGGAAGAAGAAGAGAAGCCGCUGAGAGAUUUCUUUGGAAGGAUAAUCGUAAAGAAAGAAGAGCCAAGAACCACAGAAGCCAAAACCAACGGUGAGAAGGAUGAUGGACCUGGCACUGUCCAACAAGUCGCACCGGUCAAGAAGAAAUCCAAAAAGAAACAGUUGUGGUACAGCUUCAACACCGGUUACUCCAACGCUGUCAGGAAGACCAUCAAGAUACAGGAACUGUUAUAAAAAUACUCGGCUUUCAUAGCAAAUUACAAUUACUAAGUGCUUCCAAACUUAGAGAUUAUUGCCCCGGCUUUUAAUAGCUGUGCUGCCAUUACGGCGCUCUAGCAUUUCAAGGAAAUAAUACCUGCCAGGUACCCAUUUACAUCACCUGGGUUGAGUGUGGCAAAUGUAGAUCAAUGUCUUGCCAAAGGACAUUAGUGCCGCGGCGGGACUCGAACCGCGGACCUUUAGCUGUCAUCUGCAGAUGGACUCAGUUACAGGAACAGUUAUGAGAACAUCCUUGUGCGGAUGAUGAUGAUGAUGGCGACAAUGUAGGUGGUGAUGAUGGAGCUGAUGAAGAUAUUGUUAGAUGUGAAGUAUUCAGCUCUCAUCUGCAGAUGGACUCAAAAGAGUUGUACUUUUACAUAAUUCUGUCAUCAAAUAUGGGUUGAUGUUGAAAGUUUCCUGCAACUUUGGAUAACUGGGAGAAUGUGGUAUCAUAGGCUAGCUAUGAAAUGGCACAUGGGUGUAAAACAAGAAAAGAAGGAAGAACGAGAGAGGGAGAAGGACACCUGCUCACACCCCCUCCCCUAAUCAGCGGCCCAGUUGAUUCUCAUUUCAUCUGCCGAGUAAGGACAGAGCCCCCUCCCUUUUAUGUCAGUGCUUGAUUUAAAAAAAAAAAAAAAAAAAAAUUUUAGCAUUCUGCAACAACAACAAAAUGUUUUACGUUAUUGUCCAGUCUACUGCUUAGCAAAUCUAUCGUGGAUUCAAGAACAUUAAGCAGAUAAACUUUGAAAGUUUGAAUACUGCAAUUCAUGCAAAGUGAUUAAAGUUGGAUGUUAUGGAUUUGUCACAGUUUUGGUGAACUACCCUGCUAUGAAACCAGAUUAUUUAUAUAUAUCAGUAAUGUAUACAUGUUCACCUGAUAUAGACUUUAAGAUGUGGUAUAGUGGGCUACCCACUUGGACUUAAAACUGACCUAGGGCUAUGGUAGACUACUUGGGAGACAUAGACCUGUAAUAACAAACGAGGACCAAAUUAAAAAUGGGGCAUACAGGUAACUUAAUCCACUGUUUUACAGAGUUCACAGAACUAAGUUUCAACUUUUACUCGUACAAAUAAAUGAAUUUGUAACACACUAAAGGAGCAAAAUGUCUUAUUUCUUGAAAUUCAAUUCAAUUAUGAUAGUUAGACAUUUUAUAGAUGUUAUCCAAAGAGAGGGUUCUCAAAUCUGCAUUCUAUUGGAAUGUCUAUUCACAAGAGCUUAAAUUCAGUUGAAAUUUGACAUCAUAUUACAAUACAAUAAAUUAGUUUCACGUAUGUAUGAAGGAUUCUGAUCAAUUGUAUAUUUCACAGAAAUAUCUUGACAUGUAUAAAUCUCAAAUGAGUUUUUUUUAAAGGGGGUGGGGGGGG